UCCAACUGCCCCCACGUCACAAGUCACGGUGGGUCCAGGGGCACAUCUGGGACUCUAUACAUCUGUAGGUGGAACAUGUCGCAGUAUUCCGGGAAAAUUAUUUUCUAUGAGGGCAAGUACUUCACUGGUCGGAAGCUGGAGGUCUGUGGGGACUGUGACAACUUCCAGGACCGAGGCUUCAUGAACAGGGUCAAUUCUAUCCGAGUUGAGAGUGGUGCCUGGAUUUGCUUUGACCACCCAGACUUCCGAGGACAGCAGUUCAUCUUGGAACGUGGCGAAUAUCCUGACUUCUAUCGUUGGAACGGCCACAACGACCACAUGGGUUCCUGUCGACCAGUGGGAAUGCAUGGGGAACACUAUCGCCUGGAAAUCUUUGAAGGCUGCAACUUCACAGGCCAGUGCCUGGAGUUUACGGAGGAUUGCCCCUUCCUCCAGAGCCAGGGCUGGGCCAAGAACUGCGUCAAUGCCAUCAAGGUGUACGGAGAUGGAGCGUGGGUGCUCUAUGAGGAACCAAAUUACCGGGGUCACAUGUAUGUGGUGGAGAGGGGAGAUUACCGGAGCUUCAACGACUGGCAGGCCCACAGUGCCAAUGUUCAAUCCCUUCGAAAAGUUGUCAACUUCUUCUAACUUGGCCCAAAGCUUCUGCUACCAUCUUGGAUGGAUGGAUCUCCAAGGGAACACUGAAGAAGUAUUCUGGCCUCCCCAAGCCAAUACUCUCAGGCAACAAUGGGGAAUAAAGGCUAAAGAGUUGACUGGGGUUUCUGAGUUUUUUUCUCUUCUGGGAAAUGGAAUCCUUCUGUGGGGUAGGGAAGGUAUAACCUUGCUCAUAGAUAGGCUCUAUUGUCUCAUCUUUGACAACUGCAGACUCCUUUCUUCUCAUCUUCCCACCAGUUCUCCUCCCUUGGGAGUGGUCAGUUUGAGGCAUCUUCUAUAAAAAUCCAGUCUCUUCUAUAAUAUUUAGUUCUGGCCUGUGUCCUUUGUGCUGCUGAGAAUCACCCUUGGAGAAGAAAAGGCUUAAUCCUUAGUUCCCAGUCCUGCUAGGAGA